UCCAGCCAGCUGCCCAGCAGCAAGCGGAUGCGCACCGCCUUCACCAGCACGCAGCUCCUGGAGCUGGAGAGGGAGUUCGCCUCCAACAUGUACCUCUCCCGGCUGCGGCGAAUCGAGAUCGCCACCUACCUGAACCUCUCCGAGAAGCAGGUGAAGAUCUGGUUCCAGAACCGACGGGUCAAGCACAAGAAAGAAGGCAAAAGUAGCUCCCACCGGGGCGGAGGGGGCGGCCACAGCUGCAAAUGCUCAUCCCUUUCCACCACCAAGUGCUCGGAAGACGACGAGGACUUGCGCAUGUCUCCGUCCUCCUCGGGGAAGGACGACAGAGGCCUCGCAGUCACCCCCUAG